CAGGACGGGAGAGCGGGCAGGGCCCCGGCUCACUGUACAGAUGCACAGACUGAGGCCCAGCAAGGGGCCGAACCAUGUUCAGGGUCACCGUGCAGUCCGCGGCGAGCCAGGACUGCAGCUGAGUGCCCAGGCCCCGCCCAGAGACACCCUCCAACGCCGAGCCAGGGCUGCGUCUCCCCACUCCCCGAAUUGCUUCCUCAAAGCGCUCAGGGCCCGGUGGCCACGUCACACUCGACUGCGAAGGCAGCCAGGGAUAAAGGGAAGCUGACUGCCCUGAACGAAGAAUGCAGUAACCAAGCUUGCGGUUUGCACCGCGGAGAGGUCCCUCGUGUCCCGCGGGUGACCCCAGACGAUGUCGAUGAAUGAAGUCAAAGAGUCCCUGCGAGGUGUGGAGCAGAAGUACAGGCUCUUCCAGCAGCAGCAGUUCACCUUCAUUGCGGCCUUGGAGCACUGCAGGGAGAACGCACAUGACAAGAUCCGGCCCAUCUCCAGCAUCGGGCAGGUGCAGAGCUACAUGGAGCAUCACUGCUACAACUCCACGGACCGGCGGAUCCUGCUUAUGUUCCUGGACAUCUGCUCGGACCUGAACAAGCUCUGCCAGCAAUUCGAGGCCCUGCACACUGGCACCCCGGUCACCAACAACCUCCUUGAGAAAUGCAAAACCCUGGUCAGCCAAAGCAAUGACCUGAGCAGCCUGAGAGCAAAGUACCCUCACGACGUGGUGAACCACCUCAGCUGCGACGAGGCCAAGAACCACUACGGAGGCGUGGUCAGCCUCAUCCCCCUGGUCAUGGACGUGAUGAAAGAAUGGAUCGCCCACUCAGAGAAGCUGCCCCGAAAGGCUCUGCAGCAAGUGAGUGUGUCCCCAGCUCAGCAGAUAGCCACGGAGGCAGCCGCGCAUGCCCUGGCCGGGCUAAGAAAACUCAAGUUUAGGCAACUUAGGAAAGACAGCCUCAGACCUAGGGGGAGAGACAAAGGACACGCCAAGCCUCCCUGGAGGCCACCUUGCGGGAAACUGUGACCCAGGGCUGUGGGGUGUCCUGUCCAGUAAGUUUGGUUUGAACGGGUUGACCUGUUUUUACUGAUAGUCUGCCGUGAGGCCGGAAAAGGGCCAAUACACUGUUGAGAACCUUUCCCCUCUUGCUUCCACCCCUGAAAUUUUCGAUUCUGAUCUCUAUGCUGUCGAAGGGGAGCCCUGCCUACCAAGCUGCCAGAGCAGUGUGGUGUCGGGAGUGGGUGUCCCAGAGAAAGGACUCAGCUGGCAUCCACUGUGCCUGGCCUGCCCAGCUGUGGCUCCAGCUCCGCAGGGAGCACCCUUGCCCUGCCAGGGCAGUGAGGCGAGGCCCGAGCUCUGACUGUAGGACAGCGACACUCUGGGUCGGCCUGUGUUCGUGGCCUUAGGCUAAAAUGAAGGGGACAAGCCCGACUGUCCCUCUCCUGUACUUGGAAAGGGAGAUAAUGAUGGAAGCUGGGAGAAAGCUCUGUGGUGGCUUUUGCACAGGCACAGCUAAGGCCUGUACACUGUAACAUGCGUCCCUGACUUCCUGCAUGCCAGAAGUCACGCUGACUGUUGGUUUUUCCCUCCGCAGGGGACAACUUAGCUUCUGUACUGUUGCUUCCUCGGGGGGAGACAGUUGGGAAUAAAGUUCUACCGCCUCUC